AUGGUCGGAGCGGCAGCGGCGGCGGCGGCGGCGGCGGCGGCGCGGCCCGGCCCAGCCCAGCCCGCUAGCGCUCCCGGAGGGCUCGGGGCUCAGCGCGGCCGCCGCCGCAUCUCUAAGCCGGCCGCCGCAGGCCCGGCCCGGCCCGGCCUUUCCGCGGGAUCCCCGCGCGCCGCCUGCUCCGCCGCGGCCUCAGAGCGCACGCGCCACCCCGCGCCCGGCCACCCCGCCACCCGGCCGCCCCGGGCCCAUGGACGCGGCCUCGGCUCGCUGCCUCCGCCGCGACCGCCUUCCCCAACAGCGGCGGUCUCCGCCGGGCCGCUCGCUGCCGCAGCCGCGCUGCCCUGGGCGCCCGCGGCCGCUGCUGCGAAUGAGAGCCCGGGAGCCGCGCGCACUCCCGGGGCGGGGCGGGGCGGGGCGGAGUGA